AUGGGGACUAAAUCAAAAAAAACUGACGGUUACACGUGCCCAAAUAAAUCAUGUAACAAAAUCUACAAGUCCAAAGGUAGUUACUUCAAUCAUGUGAAUUAUGAAUGUGGUGGUCGCAAGCAAUUUGCAUGUUGGUUAUGCAGUAAAAAGUUUAGCCAAAAAGGCACUUUAAAAAGUCAUCUUGGUCUUCAAUCUGAAUACAGAAGACAAUCAAAUCUUUCCAUUUCAUAUAAGUUUACAUGUCCAAAUUGUUGUCGAAGAUAUUCACAUAAACCCAGAUUAGUACAUCACUUGAAACAUGAAUGUGGUUAUAAACGAUUUAUAUAUUCAGACACUAAACAAUUAAGAUUUAUUUGUCCUAAUAAUUGUGGAAAAUCAUACAGAAUAAAAAGAUCAGUUGGUAGACACCUUAAAUUCAAAUGUGGAGUAGAACCAAUGUUUGAAUGUAGGAUUUGCUACAAAAAAUUUGCGUUAAAAGAAUCAUUGAAAAAACAUGUGAUUCAAAAACAUGACCAACAUUAUUUAUAA